AUGAACCAAAUGACUAUUUACAAAAUCACUCAAAUGCAACAAGUUUCCCAACUCGAACAAAAAAUCGAAACACAGACUCAAUUACUCGAGGGAUUGAUGCAUUUAUUAGCACCCUCUUUUGCCCAAAGUGAUAGUAAUGAGAUCAACAGUGAAGUUCUUGAAGCAGCUCAACAAGCAAGAGAAGGCGGUAUUGUCAAUUCUCUUAAUCUAAACUUGAUGGGCUUUUGAGACACUCCUAGAGUACUUGAGGAGGCAACAAAAGCAUUCGGCUCUCAUGGAAAGCAUACAUAUGUUACGCCACGGUUGCGUUUGCUUGCCAUGAUCAACUUAUUCAAGAAAGAAAAAAAUAUCACUGAUCUUCUAAUUGAGGAUAAAGUGAAUGAGAAUGACUACGGGAUCCUCAGAACAAUCGCAAAAAAUACCCACAAUGAAAUGGAGUUAGAGCUGCUGAAAGCUUUGAAGAAGAAUGACAAAGUAGCUGUGUUGCCUUUAUGGUCUGAAGUGUCUUCUGCUCUAAUCGCAAAAUACACAUUUAAGCUUGAAAGCAAUGCAGCUACUCAUGCCUUUCCUCUUCAAAGAUGUCAGCUUUCCUGGGCAGCCGGUCUACUGCUCUUCGAGACACACAAGCACAGAAGUAAUAGAGCAAGAAAUAAGGCUUCUGUUGUUGAAAGAGAGAAUAACUCAAGGAUCAGUGAAAACCAAGUUAGUGUUGAAUCUCUUCAAAGUGAGGAGCCUUCUUUGGAAUACGCAAACCUAUAUUGUGGUGAUGAAUUUGAGGAUUCUGAAGAUGACAUCUCUUCGGAAUGGAAAACAACUGUCGUCCUUGUUCUCCUUCUCCACCUCUUCCCUCUUCUCAACCUAAAAGCCAAUCAGCCAAGUCUAAGCGUACAAGAAGAAGUAACAAAAAAUAGUCACGACCUUAAAUAAUAAAACAAUUUUUUUUCCAUCACCUUCUCUUAAACGUUUGUAUUAUAGAUAAAGUCCACAG